AUGUCCCCGAUGUGAAAUCUAUAGCGAUGCCCAAAUCACUCAUCAACAAGUACUUCCACCCAGGUAGUUGUAUGUAUGUAUCUGUUGAGUGUUGAGUGGUGUAUUACGGUUCUGGUGUAAUGAGAAUGUUCCAGCGAGUUACUUUAUUCUAUCUUUCAAAACGGAAAGAAAUUGAUUUUUAGCAAAACGAGGCAAUUUCAUGUUACCACCAUCAACUAAUGAGCCACCGAGUGCUUCCUAGACCAGCCAAAACAUUAAAAAAGUGCUCUAUCUAUCGUUCUCUAAUGACUUGAGUGCAAUACUCGACAGGUUGAUAGUGGCUUUCUAAUUCUGUAUGACGAAUAUUCAGAGCAGAUACUUGUAAAUCGUGUGUGUACGGAUACUAUUAAAUAACAUUCAAGUGCCUUAAUAGAACUGGUUGUGGUCAUAACCUAAUAGGAACUCGUGUGACCUCUUAAACUACAAUUGAACCAAGGAAUCAGCAUCUUUAUGAUAAGUUUCUGUGUGGAGGAUCGAAGAGAUGGACGUAGACGAUUGAACUGAAAAUAUUGUAGGAAAAAAUUUAGAGCCCAGUUAGUAGCCUGCUGUUUCCUUGAGAAGAUGCGGUCGGAGCUAGUUCUUCAGUUUAUGGCCGGUCUCGAACUGGGCCGAUUGUGUUUAGCCCAGUGGGAUCUUCUGCCCAGUCCUAACCAGGAGCCAUCCAGAGGUACCUUUGUUAUUGCCACUGGAAAGAUGAACAUCACUGUCAACAGAAGUCCUUUUGAGGAGCGGCGGCGCCCUCCUGGUUGCCGCUACCCAUGUAACUGUCCCGAACGGAGUGUUACGUGUCAGCAUGGAGUUACCAAAGCCAAAGACGGCUGUCGUUGCUGCGAUAUGUGUACUCGUCAACACGGUGAACAAUGCGAUGACGUGUACGUUUGCGAUCCUCGAAGAAAGCUCGUAUGUGACCACGGUAUAUGUCGCGCUGCACAACGUCGUUUAGGCUGUGUGGUACGUGGCCUGACCUUUGAAGACAAUUCAGUUUUCAAUCCUGACUGCAGGCAUCAGUGCUCAUGUCAAAACGGAACUAUUGCAUGUGCGAAUCUCUGUGCUCGAGAGCUAACUAGACCUUCAGGGCAAUGUCUUAAUGCUCGACUUAUCUUUCUUACGCCAGGUGACUGUUGUCGCGAGUGGAUAUGCGAUAACCCCAACCUGAAGAUGAUUGGUAUUCCGGGUUGCGUCCGUCAGGCCACUGAAUGGACCGAAUGUUCGUCUCCAUGUGGGCAGGGUGUAUCGUGGCGGAUGUCUAACCACAACGCACAAUGUGUUAUGCGAAACGAGACGCGGCUGUGUAUUGUAAAAACGUGCAAAUCCUUCCAUACAGGAACUGCCGACAGCGGUGCUAAUGAUGGACACUUGGUAGACGAUUGAGGUCUACAUAGACACUUCACGCUUCUACUGAGACGAUCAUAAAAACGUAGGCAUGCCAGACGCAUGAAUCGUAUUUAUUAACUCAUAUAAUAUCUGUGGUACACCAAACGUAGCCGAAACUGUUAUUAACAAUGAUCAUUUUCUCUUCGUGAGGUUGACGAAAUUUUAUAUUUUGUGUCGCAUUCGUAUCGUCUUAUUUAUAAAUAUACAUUUUUCAUCUUAUUCUACUUGUUUCAACUAUCAUCUGUUAACUUCGAAUUUGAUCUAGAUGCUUCAUCGUUGACUUUGUUAAUUCAUAGAUGUUCUUUGGUCAUGUCAUGGACGACAGGAUGUAAAAAAAUAUUGUAGACGUUCGUUUGUAAACGGUGUAGACGUUGGGGACGCUUUAUUUCAACUGUAAGUCACUUAGACAAAUUGAGUUUAUUGUGAGACGAUACUCCUGAAAUAGGGAUGCUCUUGUUAUGUAGUCUAGAUACGAUGAUAAACGAUUCAUAUCAGAUUGCCUAAGUAGCCUGCGACGUUUUAUUACUUGAUCAUUGAAUUCAAAAUGUUCAAACAAGCCAAAACUAUCCAUCUUUAAUUACUUAUAUUCUGUGUCUAUAUCUAGCAAGACGACAUUAUGCAUUUAUGUUAACCAUUUAAACCGUGUACAAAUACAACAUUCUUGUAAGAUAAGACUCAAAUAAUAAUAGUAGUAUGUUAAACACGUUAGAAACUUCGGGCAUUUUUCCUUCCGGACUACGCUUUAUCGUUUAGCGCUUGCAUCCGGUCUCCUUCUAGAAAUGGCUAUAUAAGUAUAAUACAUUCAUCGUUUUAAAGCUAGACAUGUUCUACGAUUUGGUUGGAAUGAAAUUGGCGCUGCGUAGAACACUGCCGAUAGCUUGAGGCAUCUGCAAUAGGUACUUGCCCUUAAGCUCUUAUCGUGUUCCCUAUCCCUGUCCUGUGAUGAGACGUUUACAUUGUUGUGAUUGAUAUAUGCAAUUGUCCGAUGUAAUUGUUAGGUACGAAGCUAUCUCCUCCGUCCAGGAAUCAGUAGAUAUGCUGUGCCUAGACAGUUCUUUCGCGGUCACACACACUUAACUGUCGUUCAUGCUUUGGAUUACCCAUAUUUCAGUUUGUUACAGCUUCUAAUUUCGGAACAAUUUUCUUGUAAAAUUGCUAAUCUUAGUGAUUUACGCGAAUCAACUUCAUCGAACUAAAACAUUGAUUGAAUUAACUUAUGAAAAGUAUGACAAGAAUUGUAUUUUCCUACUUCCAGGAGAUUCAAUUGCUGCAGACAAAUAUAUGAUUGCGUUUUAGGAUUCUAUCCUGAUCAGAAUUUUGCUUGUAAGCUAGAAUAGUUUACAAAUCGGCUCGAACGCCGCCCUGUAACAACAAGCCGUAAAUAGAUGACGUAAAUUUCCACAUUAUGUUCCACAAGCUGCUUAAACGAAAACUGACCAGCAAGAAACGUGAAGUAUAUAACAUAUAAUCUUGUAAUAUAUUGUACCCUAUUAGAGUAUUUGUCUGAGACACCGAACAUAUUCGAUAUAUAACGAACCAUAAAAAAGUCAUUUUUUCUAUACUCUUCUAUAUGAUAAAUAGAAUUUUAUCCGUGUAUAGCAUAGCAGAAUUCCUGAUUAUUUUGCAGUUUUCAACAUAUUUUCGUCCACCUGCGUUUCGGCUCAGCAGAUAUAUAAUAUAAAGUGCAUCUAUAAUAAACACAAACACAAGGUGCUUCAGGCCAAAACUGAAAUGUUUGCAUAUUCUAUCUCCUGGCCUUACCAGCUAAUUAGUAGGCAUGGCUAGCUGGCAGGUAAUCAGAAGCGAAAUCCAUUUGUGGGAGAAUUAUAAUUCAUCAAAACUCAAUCCCCGUUUGAAUAAGGGCAGCUGUUUUCAGGCCGUUUGUUUGCAUUCUG